GGACUUACCGCCUACCAUGACAUUGCUCUGGACAAGUGCUACGUCAUUGAGCUCAAUACCACCAUUGUGAUGCCUCCACGCAACUUUUGGGAGCUUCUCAUCAAUGUUAAGAAGGGAACAUACCUGCCUCAGACUUACAUCAUCCACGAAGAGAUGGUGGUGAGUGGCAAAGUGCACAACAUGCGUCAGCUGGGACCUUUUAUCUACCGCCUGUGCAACGGGAAGGACACGUACCGCCUGACCCGCCGGCUCACCCGCAGACGCAUCACCAAGCGAGACGCGAAGGAGUGCCACCACAUCCGCCACUUCGAGAACACCUUCGUGGUGGAGACGGUUAUCUGCGACGAGGCGUAAGCACCCGGGUCCCACCUGAAGGCACAUCUCCACUCACCCCUCCAGCCACUGUAGCAUCCACCUCUGGAUCUGAUCACAUCUCAGUUGCACUUUACUUGUGAUUUGAUGUACUUUGUAAAAGAUUUUUCAGUUUCUUGUUUGUUUGUUUUUUUAGUUUAUCAUGUGUUGUAUUUACCCUGAAGUGGUGAUGCAAUACUAAGUCAUUGGUUCUGUCACAGGAUUUUCCAUGUAGCAACUAAGCCAAUAAUAAAGGGUCAUUUCAACAUCUCUCCUCUUGGUCUUCGGGGGAUUCGUACUGUAUGCUGGUUACUGUCUCCAUGUGUCGUUAAGGCGACCGUGCUUUAGGUUUUUCCGAAGUCCCGAGGGUUACUUUGUGUUUCUUAGAUUUACUGAUAGUCAUUUGUGGAAAGUUUGAGCUUGGCUUACUUAAAUUUAGAAAUAAAAAUUGGCUAAUUUCUUUCUGUUUUUCUGUUGUGCGAUGUAAACAUAUAACUGCUGAUGACUAGCUGCCUGCUUGCAUUAUCUCUUGCCUGUUUGUUGCUUCCUCGCUCUUCUUUCUGCCUUUUUAUCAUAAAGUUGACUUCAAAGUUCCCUAAAUAACAUUUUGCUACUUUUAAAACUCAUUUAUCUCUGUUGCUCCUGUCUUUUUUUUUUGUUUGUUUGUUUGUUUGUUUUUUGCCCCCAAUGAGUCAUUUUUGCAGUAGUCUAUUUUACUUUGCAUGUGUUCAUCUUUAGUAGAAAAGAAAGACACUCUUAAAACAUUUAUUUAUUUUUUUCUUUGUGAAACGUUAAAGCCUUAGUCCAGUUACAACCUGGGCUAAAGUCAACACAAAGGGAGCACAUUAUCUGAUAUGUUAGCUUAGUAAAACUUUGAUCUGUAUAUUUUGCCUGCAAAUGACACCUGUCUGUGAAGUAAAUAAAAAUGACUUAAAACUCAA